CAAUAAUUCUCGAAAAUCUCAGUUUAAUGGCAAUUAAAUUGAAUUUUAAAGUUAGAUGCGAAACUACUCUAAGUGAGUCUGUGUGCAUUGUUGGAAGUGUUAAGGAGUUAGGGUUAUGGAACCCUUCAAAUAGCCUUUAAUUAUCUACAAACCCUGAUAUUUAUCCAUUCUGGGUUGGUAACAUAUGUGUUGAUGUGAAUGAAAGUAAUAUAUUAUGUUAAUAUAGACUAACUAAUUGAGUUCAAAGCAAUAAUAACAUAAGGACAUUAAGUUAAUUGGGAGGAUAGUGAUAAUAGAGUAAUUUAAAUUCGGUACUAAUCCCAGAGUAUUAUAUUUUCAUUUAACUCCCAAUUAUUGUAAGUUAUUCGAAUAUAAUCAUUAUAUGACCUUUCUGAUGAUGAGUCCAUCAAUUUAGGUAUAUAAUUAUAAUGAUUUGUUAGAUAAGAUAAAAAAGAUAAAACUUCAAAAUGUUUUAAAUCCUUACGAUUAAGAGGGAUUCACUUCUGUAAAAAUAUUUUAUAAUUUAGGAAUCUGAUUAAGAAAGUGACCAUCUUUCAAAUUUAGAUUCCGCUGGAUUUUCACCAAUUUUGAAAUCUCUUUCUAUUUAAUAUCAGGAAGAAUCGUUUGAACUUCUUGUCCAUCAAUGAAAAAAUAAAAUAAAC